UUUAGUUCAGACGGAGAGCCCGCUGACCGCUUAAAUCAUCAUCACUUGGAGCUGCAAAUUUGUUAAUUUUAUUUACAUCCUACUCCACGAACUAUAGAAGAUGACAUGUUUGAUGUUCAGAGAUGCUUUCUGGGGGUCAGAUUUUACCUGCCAUGCUGGCUAUGAGGCUUUGGUACAACGUUUACGAGAUGGAAGACAAAUGUGCAAAGAUGUGGAAGAACUUUUAAGGAUGAGGGCGGCAGCAGAGGAAAAGUAUGGCAGGGAAAUGGUGACCAUUGCCCGUAAAGCUGGAGGACAAGCAGAAAUCAGCACUUUGAAAGCCUCCUUCCAGCAAUUGAAAACACAGAUCGAGAACAUGGGAAAUUUUCACAUCCAAAUGUCAGAGGCAAUUAAAGAGGAGGUGAAAAAGAUCGAGGCAUUCAGGGAGCGACAGAAAGAGCAGAGAAAGAAGUUUGAAAGCAUCAUGGAGAAGGUGCAGAAGAAAAAAUUGUCUAUGUUCAGGAAAACCAUGGAGUCCUUCGUCUUUCUACAGUCAAAGAAGAACUAUGAGGCGAGAUGCAAGGAGGCGGAUGAGGCUGAACAUACGACAGCUGUUGCAGCCAAACAUGGGGAAAAGGUACGCCACAGGGCCAAACAAUGCAGACAGGCAGCGUGUGAGGCAGAGAGGUUAUACUUAACCAACAUCACCCUGCUGGAAAGCGUUCGCCAGGACUGGGAGGAAACACACAGAAGCACGUGUGAGGUGUUCCAGCAGCUGGAAGCCGAUCGAAUCAGCGUGCUCAGGUGCACCCUGUGGGACCACUGCAAUGACGUCUCCAUGCAGUGUGUCAAAGACGACGAGUUCUAUGAGGAGGUGAGGAAGCGCCUGGAGCACUGUGACAUCGCCACUGACAACAAUUGUUUUAUUGAGAUGAAAAGGACGGGUUCGCAUCCACCAGAGCCUAUUGUAUUUGAGAGCUAUUACCCAAGGGGUGGAAAUGGCCACGCCCAUCCAGCAGAGGACGUCCUGAGGAGGUGCUCUGAUCCUCUCCUGGGAGGCUCUGUGGAGAGAAACGGUCCAGAAAAACAGCCAUCAAUACUGCCAUCUAGUGGGGAAAUUGAGACGUCAGAUGGGUCAUACGCAUCACUGCCAACAUUGGAUAUGGACACCUACAUUGUGCUUUAUAACUACACUGCACAGGUCAUCACUGUGGAAGAUGAGCUGACCAUCUGCAGAGGUGACGUGGUUCAGGUCCUGGAGAGAGGAGAGGAUGGCUGGUGGACAGUGGAGGGACACGGGCAGACUGGAAUCGUGCCUGGGAACUAUCUGGGACAACUGUGAAUAAACUCAUAGAAAGGGUGAAGUGAAACAAAACCAUUGGUGUGAUACGAUACAAGAAAACAGACUUAGCGUAAGGAAAGAUAUUAUUUAUGCUUAACUUCAUAAUUACAUGUCCCCUUUAAAGAAAAAUGCACUUUUUUGUUAAUUCUGCCCAUCAUCCACAAUCCUGAACAUGUUUCUUUCCUUUUUCUGUGCGUGCGUUCUAACGAGAGAAAACAAAUUAGUAUGAGCCAGCUAACAAUGCACGUCAUGGGAGGAACAGUGCCUAUUCCGACUAUGAAGCCCUUUAAAAAAAACCUCUAAGAACAUUUUAUACACAUGGUGUGAUCAUGCAUUACCAAGUACAUUGAUGAUAACAUGUACUACUUACAGAUAACAUGUAAUACUUACAGUCUCUUGCUGUAUUUUGAUUUAAAACAUCAACGCAACUUCUUUCCAGUCCACAGGUAAAAAAUGCUGACAGCAAACGAGCAUCUUGUUGAGUCUUCGUAGCGAAAUUGAGAGCCAGUAGUAUCCACUCUUCCAUCUGUCCUGUUGCAGUGGCUUGAGGCUUUGUGACGCUGAGACUACCGGCUAGCGAGGCGUCGUGUUACUCCGCCAGAUAAAUUUAGUUUUUGUGUUAGCUGCUACAAUAACAAUAUCGCUGUAGCUUGGUUAAUAUGCAGGUCAAUUAUGUAAAUGGAACACUGUUGCCGUUUUUUUUAGGGUUUCUUUUGUUAGGGCUUUAGCAUCAAAAUAGGUACCUUCCAUGACGUGCAUUGUUAGCUGGCUCAUGCUAAAUAAUUUCCCCCCCUUAGAACGCACAGAAAAGGAAAGAAAUAUGUGUUCAUGUUUCACAUAAGGAUUGUGAAUGAGUACAAUUUUCCUUUAAAGGAACAAUAUGCUGUCAUUUUAUAUUGAUUAGGUUUACACGGUCAUGCUGCGCCUACUUCAGUGGUUUACACUACUGAUGGCGGAUCAACCAAAAAACUUGCUGUGUUGCGUUAGCGUCAGCAUUGGUGCUAAUUAUUGUUAUUGUUUCAGAGUUAUGUGCAGUCUUUGUACAAUCUUUGCUGCACACAUACACGGCCAAUUUCUAAAGUACUUCCUUCCUAACAGACACCGCCCCCUAAAUAAUCCCUAAUCAGAUCGGCUGAGGCCCACACCUCUGAGACUCCUUUUUUUUCCCCCCCUCAGGAAGAAACAGCAGGUGGCAAGUACCUUUAUUGUGACGUCUUUACUACAUAACACACCAAUGGCAAAGCAGACGUGGCAUCUGUAAAGCUGCAGUUUACACUGGAGUUUAAAGAGAAACAUAAAGCUAACAAACUUUUUGAGCCAUAAAGAAUUAGGGAUUGAAAAAAAUUAAAGGAAUUAGAGCAUCACUGUAUAAGGAAAUACAGUCGGCCCUCGCCACUUAGCCGUUCAAACAUCACGUCCUCACUAUGGCAGUAUUUAAAAAAUGUAUAAAUGAAUAAAUGGCCGCUGUUUCGCCCUAUUAUUAGACAAAAAUAUGCAUUUCUAUGUAUUAUUUGCCUAAAUUAAGCAUUUUCAACCAUAAAAAUGGCUAAACGAACGAAAAUACAAAUACAGUUUAAGAGAUUAAAAGACUGUGAUGAACUGUAGUGUACACUGUCCACAAAGUGUCACGAGUAACACACACCAGACUUAAUAAUAAUCCUAAUAAUAACAACAACAUGGGGUACUGUUGUGGCCAUACAGCUAAAACGCAACUCUGAACCACCAAUGUCACUUCCAGUACAUACUGUAUGUCUAGAAAAAAAUGUAUUCAAACACACACAAGCACAAGUCUUAUUUAUGUCUUGAAUUGCUUAUUUUCUCUGACUAUAUCUACUAUAUCGGGUAAUAUGAGUGUAAAAGUGACUAUAGGUGUGUUAUUCUAUGUCUAGGUGGCUCUAAUAAUGCUAAAAAAAAAAAAAAAAAGGGUAUAUAGAAGGCUGUAAACCGGUUUUCUAUAACUACGAAAAUAUUUUAUUUAUAAAUAAGGAAUCCUACUUGGCGGAAAUUCAUCUAUCACGGUAAGGUACGGAACUAAUGAACCGCAACAAGCGAGGGACGACUGUAUAGUGUUUGAAGACGACAUACUGUACAGGUAAAUUACACUCCACAACCACAGGGUGGUGCACAGGAGCAGAAUAACAUUGCUGUUCCUUACUGUAUCUUUAAGUCCUGGUAGUUUUCAAAGCGUGGCACUGAGAAUAUAUUACAAUUAGGGCCUCAUCUACACCUCUGUUUAUAUUUUGUUAUGUUUUCUGCUCACUCAGACUCUGUUUACUCUCUCAGUGUAAGGAAUUAAAAAAUACAUCCAUUUUGACCUUUGGACUGAAAUCAGCUUAGCAGGUUUGAAGAAGACGUUUUCUUUAUUUUUCUCAAGCUGCUGCAUCUCCCCUGGCGUCUCCUGGCGCCUCCCAGAGGAGGACUGCCUCACCCUUUGAAAACCCCUGUGCUUUAAAUACGCAUUAAAAAAUAAAGUACACAGUGUCAAAUGAGGAGCAGUCACGUUGAAAUGCAUGACUUUAUUUGUUUGCUAUUCAAAUCAAAUUUAUAAUUUUAUUCAUCUCCCCUUUCCUCACAGCUCCCACGGAAAUAUUUUGGGGUCCAUAUAUGUAACAGGUCAAAUUAAAGAACGAAAACAUCACAAUUUCACACACCCACAAUAUAUAUAUAUAUAUAUAUAUAUAUAUAUAUAUAUAUAUAUAUA